AUGACAGCGACCAAAACCAACGGCCAUACCUUGGCGCCCAUCCAAGCAUCUUCACUCUACUUCACCCCACUUCCACCUACCCACGUCGUCCCACCGGGCAAAGAAUCUCAUGGUCGAUAUAUGCUCACUAUCCCUUGGAACAGAGUAUCAGGAUGGGGUCAACCUAGAAUUGGUCCAAGACAGGAUUUGACGUUUGAUCCUUUGGCUGGUGUCUUACAAUACGCUGUCACUUGUUUCGAGGGUAUGAAGUGCUACAAGACGGAUGAAGGUGAUUUGAGAUUAUUCAGGCCUAAGAAGAACUUUGAUAGAUUGAAGAGAUCGGCGGGAAGACUUGGUCUACCUUGCGAAUGGGAUAACGACGAAUUACUCGAAUUAUUCGCCAAACUCAUGGCUUUGGAACAACCCCUCGUCCCAUCCACUGACGGAUCCAACCUCUACAUCCGACCCACCCUGCUCGAGACUUCCGAAGGUUUCGGUAUCAAGGAAGAUGCCUUCGCCGCCGAAGCUCUGUUAUAUGUUGUCACUACCCUCAACUUAGGUUUAGGUUUAUACCCAUCUUCAGAAGGUGAUAAAGGUAUAAAAUUAGACGCUUGUAAUGAGUACAUCAGAGCUUGGCCAGGAGGAACAGGUAGUUACAAGCUGGGAGCCAACUAUGGUACCGUCAACAUUUCUAAAAAACCUGGAUACGCAAUGUCAUUAUGGCUUCACGGUAAAGAAGAUUUCAUCUCGGAAGCUGGAGCUAUGAACGUGUUCAUCAUCAAGGAAGCUCCUGAUGGAUACCUUGAAUUCAUCACUAUGCCUUUGUCCAACGGUAUCGUUCUCCCCGGUAUAACUCGUGAAUCCAUCAUUGAGCUUCUCCAAGAUCACGCUUCGGACAAACAAGAUUUCCCGUUAGAAGGUGUACCCAAGAAGAUCAGAGUCGUAGAACGGGAUUUCAGUAUGCCUGAGAUCAUCAAAGGUUUGGAGGAUGGUACUUUGAAGGGUAUGUUCGGCUGCGGUACUGGAGUCGUAGUCGUCACUGUCGGUGAAAUUCAAUAUCAAUCCCGAACGUACAAGAUCCCUUCCAACCCUAUCAUCAAAGUACUUCGAGAUACGAUGACGGGUAUACAGAGAGGCAAGAUAGACGAAGGUAGAUCGUGGAGUUUCCAAGUUCCCGAAUGGAAUCCUCAAGGCAAAGAGGGUGAACAGGAGGAGCAUGUGACCGCCGCUUAA